AUGUUCGGCAAGUCGGUUGCACCAAGCAAAGUUCCCACGGAUAUCGUGAUUCCUUUUCGUUUUUUUGAUGACACGCCGUUAUGGAAAGCCUUCAUAUUGUAUUCCAUGUUUGUUUUCGACGAUGUCCUAGAUGCCGAAAAGCUUCGAGACAGUCUCGAGAAGCUAGCAAGGCACGAUGGCUGGAAUAAACUCGGGGCUCGCAUGCGUAAAGAUAACCAAGGCAAUCUUGAGUACCAUGUGCCGAUCGAGUUUACUGAAGAGCGCCGACCUCUUACAUAUUCUCAUAUCACGCACAACAUGAGCGCUUCAGAUCAUCCGAUUGCUUCGAAGAUACCAAAUCCGAGCUCAAGACCCUCAGUCGUAUGCGAUCCUGACGAUUUUCGAGAACUGUUCCGUCCAGAAGGCGGCCCAAUUCGCCUCGAGGAUUACCUAAACCGAGAUAUCCCUCAAUUAGGCCUGCAUAUUGUUUCUUUUACGGAUAAAACUCUUGUUAUUAUAUAUUGGCCACAUACUCUAAUGGAUGCUAUGGGCAAGAAAGCUUUGAUGGAUGCUUGGAUGUUGAUGCUUCAAGGUCGGGACGACGAAAUUAUCCCUCCACAGGGCGGCGAUGGCGAUCCAUUGGCAGACUUGGGUAAGAGUCCUACAGAGGCUCACAAGUUGGCAAGUCAGCGCUUGUCAAUGUUCGGACUGGCGCAGUACGGAAUCAGUAAUGUUCUCGAUCUAUUUCGCACCCAAGAGCAUCGCAUGGUUUGCAUCCCUGGUGCCUUUGUCGAGAGUCUGCGUAAUGAGGCAAUUGGCGAGCUUACAGCUAACGGCACGGAAGAUCCUUUUCUCAGCGAAGGCGAUGUUAUCUGUGCCUGGUGGACUAGACUCGCCGUCUCCCAUCUACCACAUGCUACUCAGAAGACGGUUGUUCUGAACAAUGCGUACUCUCUACGAAAAUCUCUCGAAACGGAUUUGCUUCCCAAGGGUGCUCCGUAUGUGUCAAAUGCAAUUGGCUUCAUUAACGUAUUACUACCGGUGCAGUACAUAUUUGAGAAGCCUCUCAGUUACAUUGCCGCUGCUACUCGUAAUGCCAUUAAUGAGCUCGGCUCGCGUUCUCAGGUAGAGGCGUUUUCCGCUCUAUGGCGAGAAUCCAGUGGCAAAAUCCCGCCUUUCUUCGGCGACGGCAGUAUGCACAUGAUUACAUACUCGAACUGGAGUAAAGCAAAGCUUUUUGAGACUGACUUCUCCGCGGCGGUUAUAACAUCAGGUAAAGAAGGUGGGCGAUCUGGAUUACCGACAUAUAUACAGAACAACCAAUUUGGUUUGGUAUUGCCUAAUGGUUUUCCCAUCAUUGGUAAGGAUAAUGAUGGAAACUUUUGGCUUUCUGGAUAUAUGAAUAAGGGACUCUGGGGUCGAAUAGAGGAGCAGCUUGCAAAUGUUUAG